AUCCAUUCAAACAAUCACCAUGUCCAAGGCCUUCGCUCCCCCCAUCCUCGACUUCUCCCCCUUCUACGGCGACGACUCCGCCGCCAAAGCCCACCUCGUCGACCAGAUCCGCGAAUGCUGCCUCUACAACGGCUUCUUCCAGAUCACGAACCACCGCGUUCCCCUAGACCUGCAGAAACGCGUCAUGAAAUGCGCCCAGCGCUUCUUCGAGCUCCCUUUGGACGAGAAAAUGGCCAUUGACAAGAACAAAAACUCCUUCAACCGCGGCUACGAACUCCUGCGCUCGCAAAUGCUCGAAAUCGGCACCGGCCCCGAACUCAAAGAAGGCCUGUACAUCGGCGAAGAAAUCCCCCUCGACCAUCCCUACUACCUGCAGCAAAAGCUCAACUCCGGCCCUAACCAAUGGCCCGCCAGCGUCCCCGACGCCGCGGAGUUCCAGGCUACUUCCAUGGAAUACUACCACGCGGUGAUGGACCUGGCGAAGGAUAUUCUCGGCAUCUUGGCCCUCACCCUGCACGUGGACAGCGACUACUUCCAGCCCCUGACAGACGGCGCGGUCGCCACCAUGCGGUAUCUGCAUUAUCCGGCGCAGCCGAAGGAUCAGGAUGAGAAGUUGAAUCGGGGGAUUGGAGCGCAUACGGACUUUGGGUGUGUGACGCUGCUCUUGCAGGAUGAGGUGGACGGGUUGCAGGUUUUGGAUGUUCCGAGUGGGGAGUGGUUGGAUGUGCAACCUGUCCCCGGCGCCUACGUUGUCAAUCUCGGCGACCUGUUCAUGCGCAUGGCCAACGACAGGUACAAGUCGAACAUCCACCGCGUCAUCAACAAGUCUGGGAAGGAGCGCUACUCCAUUCCCUUCUUCUUCAGUGGGAACCCUGACUAUCUGUGUGAGUGUCUGCCGAACUGUCGCGAGGAGGGCCAGGAGGCGAAGUACCCUCCCAUCACGGUCGAGAAUAUGGUCAAGGGAGCGUAUAAGCAGAGCUAUGGCCGUGCGGAACAGUAUAAGCGAGAUAUGAAGAUGAAGGAGGAUAGGAAGUUGGAGAUGGGGCCGGCGAAAGUCGAGCAGUUUUACGGGCACUCAACCAGCGACGCGUACCGGCUGAAGUCGGAGCUCGUCGGCAGAUGCAUGGAGGAGAUCGGCAUGGGAUGGUUCCAAUGGAAGUUAUUUGUCGUCACGGGGUUCGGGUGGAUUGUUGAUAAUCUCGCAUCUCAAGGUCUCCCUAGCGUCCAGCCGCCCAUUCGUCAGGAGUUCGCCGGUAUCUCGCAGGUCAGCUAUAGCUCCGUCGCUUACUAUGUCGGUAUGAUCUUCGGUGCCUCGUUCUGGGGCGUAUCAAGUGACUUGAUCGGGAGACGGCCUGCAUUUAUGACCACGUUGUUGAUUGCGGGUGUGUUUCUUUGUGGAGCUGCUGGAACGAUGAAUUUCGUGGCGUUCAGUGCCCUUUGGGCUGUUAUUGGGACCGCAGCGGGUGGAAAUGUCCCGGUUGAUUCGAUGAUCUUUUUGGAGUUUGUGCCGGGGAGCCAUCAAUGGCUCCUCACUGCUCUCUCGGCAUGGUGGAAUCUCGGCCAGUUGGUUGUCUCGCUGAUUGCGUGGGUGUUUCUGGCGAAUUAUAGUUGUUCGACGGACGCUACGCCAGAGACUUGUCAGAGGGGUGAUAAUAUGGGAUGGAGAUACACACUCAUCACACUCGGCGCCCUCGCUCUCGCUUUCACCUUCAUCCGGAUAUUCGUCUUCACACUCCCCGAAACACCGCGGUAUCUGCUCUCGCAGGGAAAAGACCAGGCUGCCGUCGACGCAGUCAACUAUGUUGCCCGGCAGAACGGGAAAGAGGAGCCUUUGACGAUUGGCAUGUUGAGGGAGAUUGAUGCACGCUUGGGUGGUGGUAGCAGUGGUGGUGAUGGUGAGACUGCAGAGUCAGGCGGCGCCGGUCUCUCGACGCGCGACAUCCUGCGCGAGAAUAUGAAAGACUUCAACGGCGAGCAUUACCGCGCCUUGUUCGCGACGAGGAGUCUGGCUCUGCACACGGUGAUUAUUUGGGCUGUUUGGUUGACUAUCGGAAUCGCAUACCCCCUCUACUUCAAUUUCCUCCCCUCCUACCUCGCCACCAAAUUCACCGAUAACUCGUCUCUCUCCCUCACGUACAGAAACUACUGUAUCCAGUCGGCCGUCGGGCUUGUUGGGCCCAUCUCUGCUGCGUUUCUGGUCAACACGUUCCUCGGCCGACGCUGGAUGAUGGGCAUCUCGGCGAUUGUGACGGGCGUGUUUCUGUUCGCUUAUGUGGGCGUUAAUACACCCACGGCGAGUCUGGCGUUUACGUGUGUUACGGGGUUGUUGGGGAACUUUGGUGAGUUUGCCAUCACUUCUAUAACAGAGUAUGCCGUUAUGUACGCCUUCACGCCCGAGUCGUUCCCUGCGCCCCAUCGAGGGACGGGCACCGGGACGGCGGCGUCACUGUUGAGGCUGGGUGGGUUGGCGGCCAGUCUGAUCUCGUCCCAUACGGGGUUCACGACGGCGCCGAUUUAUGUGAGUGCGGCGCUGUGGGUGGCGGUGGGGGUAUUAUCCUUCGGACUGCCGUUUGAGACGCAUGGGCAUGCUGCGAUUUAG